AUGUCUACCGAGACAUAUUGUGUGAGUGUAAAGCACUCCGAAGCCCUCCUUUCUACCACUCUAGCAACUCCCACUCUGCUGGAGGAAGUGCAGAGUGCACUUAAAUUAGCCGCAAAUCAUUCCAUUCACCUUCAACAUGAGGAUGGCCAUUGGUGCGGAGAACUGAAAUCAAAUGCCACCAUGACGGCGGAGUAUGUGAUGCUUCGUCAGUCCAUAGGCCUCGAUAUGGCUGAAGAUCGAGACGAGUACAUCUCGUGGUUCUUGUCCGACCAGAAUCCCGAUGGGUCAUGGGCACUCAUACCAGGAGGUCCAGGUGAAAUCUCAACCUCAGUGGAGGCCUACCUGGCAUUGAAGAUCCUCGGCCUCGAACCAGAUUCAGCAGUCAUGUGCAAGGCCCGGAAUUUCAUCAUCUCAGCCGGUGGUGUCGCCAGGGUACGAAUCUUCACCCGCAUCUACCUGGCAACUUUUGGUCUUUUGCCCUGGGAUGCAGUCCCAGAGCUCCCGGCAGAGCUGAUCAUGAUGCCCGAUGCUGCAGUCAUCAGUAUAUAUCGAUUUGCAUCGUGGGCUCGCAGUACCGUUAUACCCCUUCUCCUCAUCUCGCACCAUCGCCCCGUAUUCGCCCUGCCUAAUGGAAAGUCCGCGACCAACGACUUCAUAGAUGAGAUUUGGGUUAAUGCGGCAGAAAAGAACGUCCCAUACUCUGCAUCUCUCUGGAGCCUGCUCAAGACAGAUUUCGUGUCCGCCGGCUUUCUGGUUAUGGAUAAUAUCCUACACAUGCUCGGUGGGCUACGCAGCUCUCCUACCCGCAUACAUGCGCGGAGGAAAUGCGUUGAAUGGAUUCUAGAGCACCAAGAGCCUGAAGGCGACUGGGCUGGAAUCUUCCCCCCUAUGUAUGGUGGUGUCAUAUCAUUGUGUCUCGAAGGGUAUACAUUGGAUGAUGAGCCUGUCCGCAAAGGCCUGGAAGCUCUCGAGCGCUUUGCAUGGAGAGAUCAAAACGGGAAGAGGAUUCAGGCCUGUGUUUCCCCUAUCUGGGAUACUAUUCUGUCAUCAAUUGCUCUCAGCGACGCCGGUCUGGCAGCCCGUCAGGCCUUCCACGGGGUGGAGUGGGUGAAGGAUCGUCAGCUGGUGAACGAGCCAGCUGGGGACUGGCGGGUUUACAAGCCCAAUAUUACAGCAGGAGGCUUCAGUUUCGAGUACAUCAACCGAUGGUAUCCGGAUGUGGAUGACACUGCUGCUGCAAUCUUGGCCAUUGUCAAGGUGGAUCCGCAGCUCACAAGAUCGUUGUCUGCUGUUACCAAAGCAGUGGAGUGGAUCAUCGGUAUGCAGAACGGUGAUGGUGGAUGGGGUGCAUUUGAUCACCACAAUGAUCGGCUGUUCCUGAAUAAAAUACCUUUCAGUGACAUGGACUCGCUCUGCGAUCCUUCUACAGCAGACGUCACAGGCCGAGCCGUCGAGGCAUUUGGACUUCUUCUCGAGAGAAACAGCCAUCAAUUCGUCGGACUUUCCAAAGACAUCAAGAUUUCCUGUGACCGAGCAAUUGCAUACCUCUUACGCACACAAGAAGCCUCCGGGUCCUGGUUUGGUCGAUGGGGAGUGAAUUACAUCUACGGGACCAGCAAUGUGGUGUGUGCGUUGGCUUUCUUCUCCCAAGAUAGAAAAGUGCAGAAUGCCCUGGAUGCUGCAGUGGCGUGGCUGAGCACCAAACAGAAUCCAGAUGGUGGAUGGGGAGAGAGCGUGUUGUCUUAUCGUAGUGUCCAGUUGGAAGGUCGCGGCGGUCCAUCGGUCCCUUCUCAGACCGGGUGGGCUUUGAUGGCCCUGCUUGCUCAUCCUUCCAGUGAAAAGUCAAUUGACAAGGGGGUGCGGUAUUUGUUGCAAACGCAGACGUCCGAGCGUGCUGAUACAGCGUCGUGGCCCGAAACCGAGUACACCGGUACGGGGUUCCCGGGGCAUUUCUACAUAGGGUAUGCUCUCUACAGCCAUUACUUUCCCAUGAUGGCUCUCGGACGAUAUGUACAAACAUAUGGCUGUUAG